AUGGCCUUAACAUCGUCACUCCACACGAUGACCAAAAACUCUACUUCUCCUGCUGCAAAUCCAUACAUUCUUCCUAAACAUGAUCUCACCAUGGCUGAUAGUCAACUAAUUGAUAUACUUCUUCAUGGACAAAACAAUGAAAAUAAGUUUCAAGUCGUUAACCAUUGGUGUAAAAAUACGCGACGAAAUCGUCUGACAAAUAUUCUCGACGUCUCUCAAAGAUACGAUGUUUUAAUCGCACUGAUAACUUCACUUCAACAAACAACAAACAGCGAGUAUCAAUAUAAUUGUCUAGCACUUCUCUCCGAACUUCAAACAACUAUUCAUCAUUACGAUCAACGAACUUAUCUUCCUGUGAUUAUACAAUGCUUCUCUUCCUCAUCCCAUGACAUUCAAACCUUGGCAUCUCAAUUACUUGUAAAACAGUUUCAUUCAACAGAUGACACACAAACAUUUCUACAUAUCUACAUCAAAGAUGGCUUGAAAUCUCCAAAUAUUCGAAUCUGUAUCAAGUCCAUCGAAGCAUUAAACGAUCUAUUUACAAAAAGUCAUCAAUAUGAAAAUCUCUCACCGAUAUUCGAAUUACUUCUCCAAUGUUUGCAAGACAAUCUUUUCCGUUCAAAUUAUAACACCAUACUGAUUCGAGCUAUUCAACAUAUCAAACGCAUAUCAACACCGGACUUAUUCAACACCUAUCUCGAGUCGUACUCCCCUUCGUUACGACGACUUUAUUAUACAUAUGUACCUCAACAAAUGGACAAUGAUUUCGAAGAUGAUGAAGCCACUCCCAGAGCGCCCGUUCAACUGAAUGAUUUGGUUUAUUCUCAAACAGAAAUGAAUGGCUACCGUUCCAACGGCGGCAAUGCUUUUUCGAACAACCUCUUUACAACUCAACGAUCGAUCCUUUCUUCCCAAAGCGACAAUUCCGAAAUGCUUUCACUCAUCGAUACUAUGCGUGCCAAAUGGAUGACAUCAAACGAUACAAAUCGCUUAAACUACCUCGACCGCCUGAUUGUUCUAUCGGAUAAAGCUUUUCAGAUCUUUCGUUCUCAACAUCCACCAUCAUCGGCAUUCGACGCGCAAUUUCAUCAAGCGUUGAAUGCACUCCUAUCACCUAUACUCGAGAUUUUAUCGUAUAUAAUGUCGGCUAAUAUUGAACUAUCGGUUAAAAUCAAACUUGUCCUAUCGACAUCAUUAGCAUGGGUUAUUAAACAUGGACAGGGCAAUUUUUGUAAGAAGAAUUAUAAAUCCAUAUGUACGACAUUUAAAAACGUUCUUCUCAAUGGUCAAUCGAACAAUCGACAAUUGGCGAAAUUCAGCGUAAGUCUCAUACUCUUACUCGAAAAUUUCGUUCAUCCUCAAAUCAUUCUCAAUGAACUAAUCGACGAGCAAUUUCAAUAUUACAGUUACCGCAUACAGUUAGAACUUCUCGCUAUAGUUACAGCAACGCUGAUCAAACAUCGUCAACAUCACUAUGACAGUAUAUCGAACAUCUACAAACAUUUACUACCCAUGUUGGUGUCAAACCGACGAGAGCUCCGACACGGUGCCAUGGAAUGCUUUACAGUAAUAUGUACAUAUUUCAAUGCCUACAAACCAUUGACGUCAACCAUGAUCGAAACGAAUCAAUCGAUUAAAUUAGUUCUAUCUUUGAUCGAUAAGUUGUCGUACGAUGCAUCGAACGCUUUACGCUUUCGUUUACAACGUAACCUAUUUCCAUCGCUAACAGACGAAGGUAAUAUAACUCCUGGCCUAGUAUGCGAUUCAAGCACAAUGAAUGAUCCCGAUGCGAAGUUUAUUGCACUUGCGAACAGCAAUAAUACAGUACGAACGCCUCAGACAGCAAAUAGCCAUGAGAGUUCAUCUGCCAAAAUGUCACCAACAAGCAGCAAACUGCUUCAAUUAGCUAUGCCAUUUGUUACGAAGAAGGCGAAUACGCAAGAACCGGUAAUGCGUAGUCGGGAAAUACCGCCAUUGAAACCAUCCAACGUUGAAUAUGAUUCUCAUCGGUAUGCCAGUAAUAACAAUCAACACUACGAAGCAUCGAUCAAUCCAAUAAAAGUAACCGGCGAACCUAGAAACACUUGUGCUAAUCAUAUACAUACAGGCAAAGUAGUGUCGAAUGAUCGAACAAACACUUUAUUGACUACAAAUACGAAUCGAAAAGAAAUGAUUACAGUUCAUCGUCAAGAAACUACUCAUAACAAUAGUACACUACAAUUUCGUCCGGUGAUACCUCAUCGUCUGUCGGGUAACCGAAUGCCAACAUCGCACAAUCUUCUUGUAGCCUCACAAGUGCACAAUCAUUACGAACAAAAGUAUCUGACACGCCAACUCGACUCCGAUCUCGACCAUGACGAAGGUAUCGAUAGCACCAUUGGAUCACGAUCGUUAUCGAUCAAUACCGUCGAUGAGAACCAACGUGAGAACGUCCAGUCCACGCCGAAAAAGCCGGUCCGAUCAGUUCACAGCAGUUCCACACGAAGAAAAGUAACUCGUCUAUUCAGUACCAAUAGUGAUGUCGAAUCACCCUCAACACACACGCUAACACCAGAAACGAGCAAUGAGAGUGGAGUCUACUCACAAUCUGGACGCGACACUGAUUAUGAUACAAAUAGUGCAACAAGAUCAUUGAGCAAAGAUCAAUUAUUUUCCACGAAGCCACGUCUUGCACGUUCUGGUUCGAAAUCUCUUAUUGAAAGGUCACAAGGACCAUUGACAAAACAAUUAUCAGGACAAAAUUAUGAUCAUCAACAUUCAAACGAGAAGACAAUACAACGAGGAAAUAAUCGAUAUGUUGAAGUUGUUGGACGAGGUUACAACGAUGAAAAAGCGUCAUCGAGACGCUUGUCAAACGACAGUACGGAAGAUAAACAACAUGUGUCCGGAGCAAAAUCUCGAGCAAAAAUUAUCAAAGGUUCUGUCGUCAACAGUUCCUCAAAUGCAAAUAUGAAUAUGGAAGAUGGAUCUUACGCCGAAGACGCCCAUGAUAUAGGAGUGAUUGGAAAAGCGGUACAUAUUCCAUUACGUACAAAAACGGACACCGAUAUACUCCGAGUACAGAAUAAUAAUAUUAUGAAUAAUUACAUGAAUGAACAGAGUGAUCAGAUCGAUACAAUGUCCGAUGAGUUCGACAGUGAUUCAAAAGAGAAUGAAAAUAUUGUGGACAUGGGUCAAUCAUUAUCAGCAUCGUUUCGUUUACGUGUUCAACAGAAAACUCAAGAAAAAAUCGAGCAAAAGGCUCGUCGCCGACAAGCUCGUGAAAAUCGUUCUCACGAAGACCAACUCAAUGAUCACGAUGACCACGAUAUACCAAUGUCAUCCAAUUCAACCAGUCGAUAUUCAUCUCAACCUGAUCUAACUGCAAUUCCUAAUGAUAUUCCAGUCAGUAAUCGACGCCAAAUUGAUUCAAACAUCACUUCUGUUUUACCCAAUUUUCCAUCUCAACAACGUUCACGUGUUUUGAAAAAUUCUAUGGCUCGUUCUCAAACAUUCAACAAUCGACGUGAUAUUUCCAUGAAUGAUCAACGCUUUACUCUGAACCGUCCAUUGUCCGAAGAUCGAUCUGUCGAACAAAUAAAAAAUCCUACAAUUACCUAUCGAGAAGCGAUGGAGUCGGUAGCCAAUGACGAUUGGGAACAGAAAUGUGCUGGUCUCACACUACUUCAAUUACUUCUUGCACAGCAUCCUGACACAGUGACACAGAAUCUACAUCAAGUUGUUCUAGCUCUCAUUCAAGAAGUGAAAAAUCUUCGAUCACAAGUUGCUCGUUUUGCCUUAUCAACGUUUUGUGAUAUGUUCAAGUAUUUGAAACGUAACAUGGAUAUCGAACUUGACCUAGCUGUCAAAGCCUUAAUACAAAAGAGUGCCGAGUGUAACGAAUUCUUUCGAUUAGAUACUGAAAAGUGCCUUCGCACGAUGGUGGAUAAUGUUACACUACAAAAAGCCUUGCAAGCACUGAUCGCCGCUGGUGCAACACAUCGAAAUCCAGCUGCGAGGAAAGCGUCAGCGAAAUACAUCUAUUAUGUUUGUGAAAAAUUGGGCCCAACUAAAAUUCUAAGUGGUACGCGAGAUAUUACAGAACGUGUCUUACAAGUUGGCGCGACAUUUGCUGCAGAUGGACCGCCGGAGAUCAGAUGGUACGGUAAGAAGAUCUAUCAUAUGUUAAUGGCUUUCGAAACAUUGGACGCAUUGAUGAAACAAUAUCUCACGCCGAGUGUCUAUACAAACAUGUGUGAAAUUCUUGAUAAUAUUCGAGUUAAAGGAGGUAUUGGUGAAACACCAAGUGAAUCGGCAAGGAACAACGCUCGACGUGCCCUAUCGAAUGACAAACUGAAUUCCAAUCCGAGUUUUACCAGUCAGCUAUCUGUAACACGUAAAGCGAAUACAGCUGAUCAAGCCGAGCAGGUUCGUGAAUUAACGAAGCAAAUGCGAAGUUCAGAUUUUCGCGAACGUCUCAAUGGCAUUGAAGAAUUUCAAAAAUUAUGUGAACUCGAAACCGAAACAGCAAUUCAGUCUCUUGUACAAAUCUUCGAUGGGUUCAAUGAAUGUCUAGCGGAUAUGAAUUCCAAAGUUGUACUCAAAGCAUUGAACACGAUGCAUCAACUCGUACCGAUCCUAAGUGAUGCUUUGGCCAAUGUCAUCAACUCCACUCUACCAAUCAUUGCACAGAAUAUCGCAUCGAAAAAUCGAGACAUCUCACAGUGUGCAUCGGAUAUCAUUGACACUGCUAUCGAAUACAUUGAUUGCGGAGUAUUAGUUCAACCAUUGUGUACAUUAUGUCAAAAUAGCAAUCUUCGUAUUCGACCUGAACUUAUUUUAAAACUAGCUGCUCUUGUGCCUCAAUUAUGUCAACGUAAACCCAAACAAGUCGAAAUUCAUCUAUUGCCAACUUACUGGAAACUAUUAUCUCUACUUCGUGGUCAAAAUUCUACUACAAUCACAUCGUCAGCUGGUGGUGCGAACAAUCUGAACUCAUCCGUACAUGUUAUAACAACCGCUCUCUACACUGAACUUGGCACUACUUUGAUUGACCGAGCUAGCUCAAGUUCAUCAGUAACACCGAAAAACCUCCAGUUGCUCCGUGAACUGUGCUCCAGCAUUGACGCUGUGUAG